GACGUGAAGAAUGAUGUGACGAUUACCUCCUCGGAUUACUUGUCUGAAUAUCAACAUCAUAUCUUAUCAAACACACACACACCAAAAACACUCCUUUCUUCUCUGUUUCAGCGCGCCUACGUAGCUGGUUAGCUCGCAUAUUUCCAGCGGCGUCAAGCUAACCAGUGUUAGCCAGGACAAGACCGGCACUGUGGUGUUUGUACUUUCAAAAUAAACUCGACGCCGCCAAAUUCGUCACACGAUUAACAAUUCUGAUAAAGCGCACAGCCCUCUUCAAGUAGACAAACAUGUUUUGAAUUAUUACAAAUUAAAAUGCCGACGCGUUUCCUGGUGUUUUAGUACGCUAGUAACGACGUUUGUUCGUUUAUGGGUUUUAUUUCGAAAAUCGCGCUCGGAAGUCAUUCUCCAUUCUGGCUUCACAACAAGAUCUCAACGAGCAAUGCCAUUCUUUGUUAAUUAAACUGUUAAGAAAUCUUUGUCCGACGGAAGAUUUCAAAUAAUUAGUAACUCAUUUCCUGACACGUUUGUUUGUGUUUGUGUUGGGCGGUCAAAAAUAAUUCAUUCUAGUUUGUUUGGGGGAGUUUAUUGAGUAGUUGAAUAGCUUGAUAGCUGGUUGGACGCCAACUGCAACGUUAGUUUCGGUCGCGGAGGAUGUCGCUCCACGGAAAACGAAAAGAAAUCUACAAAUACGAGGCGCCAUGGACGGUCUAUGCCAUGAACUGGAGCGUCCGUCCAGACAAACGUUUUCGGCUGGCACUCGGGAGCUUUGUGGAGGAAUACAACAACAAGGUCCAGCUGGUGGGUCUGGAGGAGGAGAGCUCAGAGUUCAUCUGCAGGAACACAUUUGAUCAUCCUUACCCAACCACCAAGAUAAUGUGGAUUCCGGACACUAAGGGGGUCUACCCGGACCUACUUGCCACCAGUGGGGACUACCUGCGCAUUUGGAGGGUCAGCGACACAGAAACACGCCUAGAAUGCUUGCUCAAUAACAACAAGAACUCAGACUUCUGCGCUCCGCUGACCUCCUUUGACUGGAAUGAGGUUGAUCCCAAUCUUCUGGGCACCUCCAGCAUCGACACCACCUGCACUAUCUGGGGGCUGGAGACUGGUCAGGUGUUGGGCCGGGUCAACCUGGUGUCUGGACAUGUCAAGACCCAGCUCAUUGCUCAUGACAAAGAGGUAUAUGACAUCGCGUUCAGCCGUGCAGGAGGUGGUCGGGAUAUGUUUGCGUCGGUUGGAGCAGACGGUUCUGUCCGUAUGUUUGACCUGCGGCACCUGGAGCACAGCACCAUCAUCUAUGAGGACCCCCAGCACCACCCGCUGCUGCGCCUCUGCUGGAACAAGCAGGACCCCAACUACCUGGCCACAAUGGCCAUGGACGGCAUGGAGGUGGUGAUCUUGGAUGUUCGUGUGCCUUGCACGCCAGUGGCCCGGCUCAACAACCAUCGUGCCUGUGUUAACGGCAUCGCCUGGGCCCCCCACUCCUCGUGUCACAUCUGCACUGCAGCGGAUGACCACCAGGCCCUGAUAUGGGACAUCCAGCAGAUGCCACGGGCCAUUGAAGAUCCCAUCCUGGCCUACACCGCCGAGGGGGAGAUCAACAACGUGCAGUGGGCUUCCACGCAGCCGGACUGGAUCGCCAUCUGCUACAACAACUGUCUGGAGAUCCUGCGUGUCUAAUGCCACGGACAUUAAGGGGCGUUUCCUCAGACCUGGACUUGGUUUUUAAGUGUAACAUCUUGUAGUCCCUAUCCCACUGCUUUCAAGAGGAGGGUGCGGCAAUAAGAGAACUUUCUGGACUGUUUUGGAAUAUAUCCCACCCUGCUCUUCAGUAUCCUGGUUUACAUUUCCUCCCUCGUCUUUACAGCGUUGUACUUCUGCCAGAUGUACUUUUUGCUCUUAUUUAUUUUGCUUACAAGGUAGCGCUCUGUGUCUGCACAGCCGUAAGUGCGUCAGUGCUUUGUACUCUGGGCAGUCGUCAGUGAAAAUCUGAGUUUCAUACUCGCUUGUUGGCGUGAGAUCUCAAUUCGGCCAGCUCCGAGUUUAUCAUGAAGGUUGUAGAUGUUGUGCUCAGAGGUGUCCAAUAUGUUUGAGUUGUAAAGGUUGACACAAAUCAGUUGGUGGCAGACGACCUCUCUGAUAUUCAGGAAUAUGUUUCAGUAGCCUUUUGUGGUUUCAUACCAUAUUAAUGGUGGUUCAAGUAUCAAUAUAUUACUUAUUUACUCCUGUGGCAGUUUUGAACUGUUCAAUUUUCCAAUGGGUGUGUUUUCAGUAUCCUCUCUCCAAAUGAUUGUAUCCAGGCUGAAAGUAAGUCACUUGCGACCUGUGCAACUUUGAGAAUUGUAAAAUAACCUGAGAGGGGUUCAUAUUGUCACUGCAGUGGUGUGUGUCAUCAUAUGGUGUGUUUUGACAUUCUGCUAUCACUCGGCUGAUGAUGCUGUCGGGCCGCCCUGAACAAGACUCACAACUUACCAGAGCGACGUCACCCAGCGUUUAGACCCCUGAUCAUUUUCGUCUCCCUUUUUUGAAUAGACAUUGUGUGGGAAAACUGCAUUUCUUUUUUUUUUUGUUGUUGUCAGGAUUGUGUGAGAAGUGAGUUGUGGAAUGAGAGGUGUGUGAAACAACUGUUUGACCUCGUCCUCGUUUGCCUCUCUUUCUCUCGUUUUCAGUACGUAAAGGUCAAGUCCUUGUAGCAUGCCAGUACAAGGGCAACUGUACAUACAUAUAAAUAUAUUAACUGAGAUAUUGGUAAGACAAGUGUUCAUGUUGUAGCUUUUUUCAUAAAAUUUGUAUUAUUGAAUUUGCUCUUACUAAUAAAUUGUAUUCCUCCAUGUCUUAGGAAGUAA